AUGUCGAAGGUGUCCCAGCCUGAGCUCAAGCGAUUCCUAGACAAGCGUGUGCUUAUUAACAUACAAGGUGGGCGUAAGAUUCAGGGCACGCUGCGUGGAUAUGACCUGUUCCUGAACCUUGUGGUGGACGAGGCGGUCGAGCAAGUCCAAGCAGAAAACAACCAAAACCUCUGGAAGGACGGUGCUCACUGUGGUACUGUGGUGGUUCGUGGCAAUAGUGUCAACAGUCUGGAGGGCCUUGAAGCUAUCAACACACGGUAA